ACCGCCCUUGCAAUACAAGCUGAGCAACGGCAGGAGCUUGAUACGCCCACAUCGCCCCCUUUCAUGGUGACAGAUCUGCCGCUGAGAGCCUCGACUACCAGCAAUGGCAGUCACAGCGGUCCCUUCUCUGGACCCGGCGGAUCCACUGACCGCAUCCUCUUCCUGAAGAUCAAGCCAGUAUGCGUGAGUAUCCUCACUCUCAGUCGGCCCGGAACGCACACUUCGCCAGAGCUCCCGAAUCAUUUGGCUACCCUGAGGUCGUAUCUUGCCCAGGCGUCCAAGGUAGCUCCCCUGCCGUCUCCUCUUGACGGCUGCGCAAUCACGCCUGAUUCGAACCAGGCAGUGAUAGGGCGGUCAGUCUUGCACUAUGCAUUCUUUCCUAUUUCUCAACUCUUCCAGGCGAGCCCCAGAGGACCCUCUGAAUUGCCUGACAGGACAAGACAGGAGGCUUUUGCAUGCCUUCACCUCCUCGUGGGCCACUGGUGGAAGCAGUGGUUGGCCAUUGGCGAGGUCAGUGGCAAGUCUGCUGACCCCAGUGGAAAGUCGGAAGAGGAUGGACAGACCUGGCGGCAGCUUCUGAUUCUGGCAGCCAUCGCUCUCACCGGGCCACCGCCAGCCAAGCCUUCUCCGGGACAAGCCGCCCAAAAGGAGCGGGCUCCUACGGCAGCCAAUAGCCCCGAAACUUCUCUAGAGAUCGUGAGACUAUUACACGCUCUACUCUGCCCACGCAAAGUCAACAUGGCAGCUGUCCGACCGAUUCAGCCUUCAUCAGCCGCAAAGGAAUGGGAGUGGGACGGCGAGUCGGAUCUGCCCUCCCUGGACGAUGCAGACCGGUUUGACUUUGAGCAGCCCAAGCGCGAGAAGCCCACACUUGCUACUUCUGCUGCGUCUGACGAGAAUUCAACUCGUGUCAUCUAUCCGACUGUCGGACAUCUCAAAUUGGCGGAAAGCCCCGGGUUCAAGUCACCCCUCCUCCAUGCUCUCACUGCCGCUCUGGAUCUGGCCGUCAGCGCUGUACCCGAUUCAUCAACUCUCGAGCUGCGUUCGACUGCCACAGAAGUCGCGCGAGUCAUUGCAACCACUUGGCUCCCCGCCACUACACCAGCUCCUCGGAUAGGGGAGAAGCUGACACCCAUUAUGCCGGGCGUAGUCAGCAAGGUCGUCAGACUCCUGACGAGCACGCCUCAGGCCUCAACAUCUAAGCGGAGCUCACCAAAGCACGUAUCUGGCCCACUGGUUGCUAGAGGCAUCAUGCUUCUCAAGGAAGUGGUGGGUCCGGCGCUCAGCGAUGGCAACACGGCUAAGCUACGAAUGCAGGCAGCAAAGGAAAAGCCUUUUGCAGAGGUCCGAGCAGCAACAACGCUGGAAGAGGUCAUGAACGCUGUAGAUCUUCAAGACGCUCAGCUCCAGGAUGAUCCUCAAGCCGCAUCGGCGGGUGGCACUAAAGCCACUGAAGCCUCUAGCGCCUACAAUACUCUCAAGAUGACAGUACAGAAUUUCAGACUUGCUAUGCUGUCUCUCGACGGUCGGGGUUCUAGUACCGCGCCAAUUGUCGGUCAAAAGAAGGUCCCAAUCUUCAGUGAAGAGGAUGAUAGCAUCACUGCUCACGCUCAUCCUCUCGCGCAACAAGCGGUCGUUGAGCUGGCAGCGACGCUGUUAAGAGAUUGUCGAGAGGCUACACUUUGGUACGAGAAAGAAACAUCGGACGGCACACAAAGCAGCGAGGAUGAAGACGUCUCACUCAGCUCGCUGCUGUUGCGAUGGCUUUUUGAUCUUGCCUCUGAGUCUCGGUCAUCGAUGAAGACGACCUAUUUGGCUCGCGAGCAUUUACGGCAACUCUUCGAUGAUGCAGGUGCAGCCAAGACAGAGAGCUACGCCCUCUUAGCUGCGCAAGAGAGCAUGCAAUGCCUCAGAGAGCUGCCAUCAGCGUUGGUCUCGCAGCGCGGAGCCAGAGCCGCCCACCUUUGCGAGCGAAUGAGCAGCAUUCUGCAGCUUGCUACCCAAGAUGCAGAGCAAGGCAAUUAUAGCAGGCACACACUCCUGUCAAGCAUCGCCGCUUCCCUUCAAUCGCGCAAAGAGACGGAAAGAUGGGGCGCAAAGCUGAUUCAGAGUCUGCAAGUCGCAGUCAACUCUAAUGCAUUGACAGACGAUCGCCCAGCAUUGUCGCUACUCGAUCUGCCCUCCUCACCUCUGCUCAGUCUGAGUAUAGAGGAAGGCAGAGCAGUAGCUGGCAUGCUGCGCCAGUGGGGUCGGGUCUGCGCAAUGCUGAUAUUGGCACAAGCGCAAGAGACAUAUAAAGACAGCAAUGAACCCGCCAAGAGUGAAUUCAGGAAGAGAGCGCGAGAGAAAAAGGCUGCGACUGAUCUGAUUGCGUACUUCAUGGAGCACGCAAGGCAGUACAGACGUCUGUUCGCCGCUCAACGGCCACGUCAAGGUGGCGAGACUGCAUUGGAGGCGCUGUCGCAAACCUCUUCUGCUUUACUUGUGGUCAGAGAAAUGACAAGGGGCCUGGCGACCGUCCUCGAAGAUUCGAAGCUCAGUCUUAAAGCAGGCAGAGCAGGCAAGAGAAGCAGAAAGGAAGCUCAUCGCUUUGCGGAGGAUCUUGUGCAGGAUGUAAUGGAAUGCUGGCAGGAGGAGUCGCAAGCACUCAUGGAAGUAGUCUCGUUACAGCCUGCCGGCGGCCAGGCAGAGAAGACUCAAGAAGCGCGACAAGAAUUACUGAAGGCGGGUGAGACAGGGGAAGAAGCCGUUGCUGAGCAGAUGAGAGGCCUCCCGGCCAUGGCGCAUCAAGAAGACCUACCUUCCAGACCUACCAACUUUGGUCCUGCUCUGAACUUGUCUUUUGUCUCAGCUGCGACUCUCAGCGACAAUGCGAGCGCCGCUGUCUCGGCUACAAGAGCCUCGACGCCCGAAGCUCGCCAGAUAUUGAUCGCGAAGCAUAUCGAGGUUCAAAGGUCUAUGCAGCUAGAGAUGCUAGCGCUAGCCGCUUUGCUCUUGGGGCCUUCCUACCAGCGUCACCUAUUACCCACUCUCUAUCCGAUGAUCUCCGCACUCACUCAUCCCUCACAAGUCAUCUCACGAGCAGCUAGCAGAUCACUCGAGGCGAUCUCCUUUGCGACUGGGUACGCAGACUUGCUAAGCUGCGUAAGGGAGAACGUCGACUACGUCCUCGGGGAAGCUUCUUGGCGUCUCGUGUCCGGUUUGGGCAAGGAGCUGGAGGCAAUGACGAUCCAAAGAGACCGAGCGCAGAGACACAUCGCUGCAGGAGAGCAGUCGACGCUGUCGGUUGUCUCCGCAUCUUCUUUGCAGCCGGCACCGCUCCUGUCGGCAAGGACACCUCCGCUUGUACUGACGGAGGUCAUGCGCUUGCUUGGACCGUCUUCGCUACACCUGAUUGAGGACUCGAUCGAUGAGGUCCUCGAUGCUCUGGACCGCUUUCAUGGAUACGAUGACGUCUGUGAUGCUCUGCUCGGAGUCCUAGAUCGUCUGCUUGAGGUCAUGAGUGGCGAGACAACUGAGGCCUCAAUACCGUCUACUCUGGCUCCUGAGCUGAAUGCAAGCACUAGGAAGGGUCUCAAAAAAGCCGCUGACAGCUCGUUAGACGACCUGACAGAGUGGCUGGUGAAGCGAAGGAAGAAGGAGCACCUACAGCCGCCCCUUGAUCUGCCCUCUGCUUUCGACGCUGUCGAAUCAGAGGUGCCAUCCAAGCACAAUGAUGCAACCUCGACAGCAGUCGCUCCUCCGACGUCCUCUUCACGCUCGCAGAAGCUCCUGGUGGCCAUCCUGUCCAAGUCUAUGCCGUUCCUGUCCCAUUCCUCGCCCGUUGUCCGAGCGAGGGUAUUGAGACUGCUCGGCGCAGGGACGCAACUACUUGCUCCGGUAGAAGGACCGACAGCGGGGUCAGGGGGCAACAAGAAGUGGACGCGCAAGGAGGACGAACUUCUGCCUCUGAUCAAUCGAGCUUGGCCGCUCAUUGUCGCUCGUUUGGGGUGGGACCUCACACGCCCUCUUCCCUCGUCACGCAAAGGCAAAGGCAGACAGACGGCGACGGAGCAUGAAACCUUCGUGCAUCUGGAGGCUUUGAACCUGCUGGAGACAUUCGCGAUCCAUAUACCCGAGUUCAUGAGCGACCGGAUCACGAAGGACGCUUGGCCGAGAAUUCGUCUCCUCCUUGAAGCGGAAGAGGAGGCCGAGGAAGGCGGGGGCACUGCUGCGAGGGGAGGUGCAGCAGGACCCAAGACCACAAGGCUCCUGAAGAGCGGCGAGAAAGUGCAUAUGGCUGCAGUCGAGCAACAGCGGGGUGUGGUCCGCGCGACCGAAACCCACAAGCGGUUCGAUCCAUCCACGCCGCUGUAUAAGCUGCUCCUUACCUCACUGCGAGCCUUGGCUCCGCUGAUACUGUCGCAAGGGCCACGCUUCCCAGACGAGAUCCUGUGGCAGCUGGUGACUUUUCCUCUAUACCUAGCAAGCUUGGAUGCCCGACAGCACGACGAGCUCAGGAGCGCUGCAGUGACCGUCGGCAGGGCGUCAAAGGGGUGUGAUGGAGCUGGCACGAUCUGGGCAGUGACGCGCAGCAUGCGGACUCCGGCCAAGGAGGGCAAGUGGGACUUCUUCCCUAGGGGUGUGGAUAUCACAUUGGCGUCGGCUGAGAUGGUAGCUUCGUAGCGAAGGUGUUGGCGGUCUAUGUGCACUAUGAUGCGGAACUUGUCCGGCACGAAUCAGAAGUUGCUUUUUCCGUUG